UAGUUACUGCAAUUUUGAGUGAAGAAUAGAAAGACACACUCUUAUAGGAUCCACUCAGAAUGCCAGUAAUGCUUGAAGAAGCUUCAUAGUACAAAAAUACCUACAAGAUAAAACAUGUCAACAAAAUCAGCAAUUUCAAUUUGAAAUAUUUUUCUGUGUAAAACAUUAUGAAGAAACAAAACCAACAAACAAAUCGGUCACUGAAAAUAACAAAAACAUAAAAUUAUAUAUAAUAGAAUGUAAGAAUAAGGGUUACAGUGGGCCAAAGAUAACAUUAAACAUUAAGCCUCCCACAUGCCUAAGCAGUAUGCCAGUAAGGUACAAAGAGCAAACAAAGAUAUAGCUUCAAACAUUCAUCAUCUCAGAACUGGAUUGAGGUCAGUUGUCAGCUUCACAUUUCAGAUGAUUUUUAAAUACCUGUAGAGUGAGUAAGAAAUAUGAAUCAUAGUAAUUCAAUACAUUCUUCUCUGAGCUCUGGGUUUAAAAUUAACUUAAAAUGAGAACAGAAAGUAGAUUAUGUUCUCAUAUGUCACUAAGGAGAGCAAAGAUGGCGAAUUCAAACAUGUCAUAUGAUAUUUAUGAUACUUUUGAAACUCGGGUUUCUUUUACAAAUGCACGUUAAUAUUUUACAGGAUAGCAAUGCAAACAUUACAUGCCUACAAUAUGUAUGAUGGCAUCUUGCCAUUUUCUUAACACACUGUAUACAGCAAAUGUAUUAUGUCAUGUCUUCAGAUCUUACAGGCAAAGGUUACAUAUGGAGAGAAUCUACAUAUGUCUAUCACAUAUAGACUAAGUGCAAGUUCUAAGAAUUGCAAGUAGCUCAAUUUGUUUCUUAUGUUUGAGCAAAAAAAAAAAAAGCAUCUCAUGGUUGUUUGCGAUGUAUUCCUUGAUGUGGUUAGUAUGUGCUUGCUGCCCAUUCACUUUCGUACGUUAGCUGUAGCAGCCUGGAAAUAAUGUUAACAAAAAUGCUGUACAAGGACUUUUAUCAAUGGGAAAAAAUUGCUUUGUUGAUAUUGUCCCUACCCAGUACAAAUACUGGUUCUGGCUACCAGUACCCUGAUGGCCAACUUGUUGUGGAUUCAGCUUUGGCAGUUGGAGUCCAUUACUUCACACCUGGUGGAACAGUUGUGGUAUCACUGCCUAACACAACCCUUUUAGCACCAGACUUCAAAAUCCAUGCAUCAAGGAAACUGGGAAAACUAGCACUGUCAACUGAUGGAAACACAGAACAACUUAUUGAUAACCUAACACAGCGUCUUCAUAGCUCAAGUCUCUGGCCAGUUGUGGUCACUUGUCCUGCAGAUGGAAUUAUAAAACAUGACCCAACAAACUGGGAUACAAGGAACGACGAUGUUCAUAGUAGCUAUGUUCUGGUUACCAUGCAGCACAAAGAUUGGCAAGAUCAGGCAGUGUACAGCUUGAGGGAGCAGAUACAGAACCUGGAAACAAUUCCUGCUUGGAACUCACGAGCAAGAUUUGUCAUAAUGUUGUUAGCAGAGGUAACUAAUGCCAGAGAAGUGGCAAAAGAUGUUCUGCAAGAAUUGUGGCAAUGGCAGAUAAUGAAUGUAGUAGUGUUACUUCCAGCUUCAAAUAUCAACAGCAAAAUGCAUAUUGUGCUUGUGUAUACAUGGUUCCCUUAUCAGUCUCCCUCAGGUUUGUGUGGGGAGCUAAGAGAUUCUGUCCAUAUUAAUUCUUGGAUCUUGGAUGAAGAAGGGGGACGAUUUCUAAAAACCUCACCUCUAUACCCACAGAAAGUUCCAUAUAAUCUCAACAGCUGUCCAAUCAGAGCUUCUACUUUUGAAUUUUAUCCUUUUGUUAUAUGCGAUAAGCGUCUAGGCAUCGGGACAAAUACAUCAAUCACUGAUGGCUUGGAAAUACAACUGAUGCAAUGCAUAGCUGAGGGUAUGAACAUGACACUCAUACUUCGAAUACCACCUGGAGAUGAAAGAGGAGGAAUACAGCUGGAAAAUGGUACCUGGACAGGACUAAGAGCUGACAUAGUAAAUGGCAAAGCAGAUAUCACAUUUGCCAGCCUUCUGAGCAAGCUUGAGGAUCAUCUUAUAUUUGAUGACACAAUAAGCUAUUUCACUGAUAGAUUUACAUGGUUUGUAGCUCGUGCAAAACCUUAUCCUCGCUGGCUGGGCAUGGCCAGAGUGUUUGAUCCAAUGACAUGGUUAGUAGGUUUCCUAGUAAUUAUAUUAGCAAGUAUUUUUACAAGAAUUUUGCUGUCUUUCAAGACCAUCAGACACAAUGAAGUGCCAGGUAAUUAUUGGCGAUUUUCUGUCUGUCUGUCCAGUAUGUGGGCUGUGUUCUUGGGUGAAGGUGUACCCAUAAUGCCUUGCAGUCUCCCUCUUCGAUCAUUCUUUCUCUGCAUGAUAAUCUACUCACUCGCAGUCAACACAGUAUUCCAGACAUUUUUCACCAGCUAUGUGGUAAACCCUGGACUCCUACACCAGAUAAGUAAUGUGGAUGAACUCGUUCAGUCUGACCUUGUCUAUGCUUUCUACUAUGUCCUAGAUAAGUUCUUCACUGCAGAUUUCUUACAUAAGUUAGAACCAAGAGUCCAGUGUGAACCUUUCAAGUGUCUGGAUUAUGUUGCCACUCAAGACAACUACGCAACAUUUUGUGGUAGGGCUUUGCUGGCAUACAUUGUUGAUGAACUGGUGAAACAGGAGGGUAAACAUGAGAUUUAUGCAUUUCAAGAAGAUUCCUUCCAAUUACAUUCUGUUAUGCUGAUGCCAAAAGGAAGCCACCUUCUGGAUCGGAUUAAUGUGGUAAUGACCCACAUUGUCGAAGCUGGUUUACCAAAUCAGUUUCUAAAAAGUAUAUUAGAUGCAAGGAGAAUUGAAGCUGGAAUAUUAGCUCUUCAAGAUCUAACUGACGAAUAUUCUGCCCUUAGUCUGAACCAUCUUCAAGGAUCAUUUUUCUUUCUCUUAAUGGGGCUUGCUCUGAGUCUAGGUAUGUUUUUAUUUGAAUUACUGAAAAUCUGUAAGUGAUAUGCUUUGUGUUGUGUCUUAAUAUCUAUUAUACCUUCAAGAGAUGUGAUGUCCUUUAAUUACUAAGUUAUAACAAUUCUUUCUUUCAAUAGUAAAUUAAAUUCUUAGUAAUGCAAGCAGCUGCUAAUUCAUCAAUUUGCCAGUGUUUAAUUUUGAUUAUAUGUUGUAAAAUAAAAUAAAGUUAUUUUCAAAUAUUUUUCUAAAUCAAAACUGAUAAAAUAUCAGAGUCUCUAUAUAACACACAGAGACUAUAUAUUAUUUCAUGUUAAGAAAAAUAAAUCACUAAGGCCAAUCUGCAAAAGGAAUACUGCCCUAAUAAAUCAAAUGAUCUAGCAAAGCUUUCACAAAUUAGUUAACUUUCCAGUGGAUGUCACUUUGAGACAGAAAGAAAAUAUUAAUGUUUUUGAGCACUACAGUCAGGAACCACAAUUUCCUUACCACAUUUGACAGAGUGAAACUGUACAUCCCAUCUUCCAACCCUCUUAAUCUCUCUAUAGUCCACGUCACUUUACAAUUGCUGAUGAUCAGACACCCAUUCCAUCUUGGUGUUGAUCCCCUAUCAGGACUCAUGACCAGAUUUUAAGUUGUGGGUCUCACCAUUAUAGUUUACUGUCAUUUUGCAUCCUCCCUGAUAGGAUAAGUCUGUCAUUUGUCUUUGUCAUGUCUAUAUAUUAUUUCAUUUUAAAAUGAAUGUACAUAAUCACAAUUUAUACUUUCCUAUGUACAAUAUAUACAUGGUCUCUUGUCAGUCCAGGGUUGUUCAGCAGAUUACGCCCUAUCUUAAUUUUCUCUAUGCCACAACAAGCAGAUCAGUCACUUGUAUGAUCAUAGGCUUGACUGCCACCAAGUUCAAGCCUCUUAUAUCUUAUGUGUUGGAACCUCUCUGGAAGUAAACAGAAUUCUGUCUGACAGACAGUCCCAUACUAGAUGUGUUUUAUUCACUCAACCUUGUUAUGUGGACAACCAAAUGGAAAGUUAAAAUACCAUAACUGAAGGAUAUAAAAUCAAAGAACUUCUUCCUUAACCUCAAAGAAGAUGGUUCAAGAAAUACAUGGUGUGUGCGGUAAACUUUGUCAACAGCCAUCAGGAGGGUGCACCAACAUUUAGUAAAAACAUGCAACAAAUACUAAAAUAUACUGGUAUCAUACUUUAAAAACUGUCAUUCCAUCACAAUAUGACUUUAGUGUCACACGUAUUACAACAGAAAAUACUGCCAUCUUUAUGUGAAAUUACAAAACAUAAUGGGUGUAAUUGAUAAGGAACAUCUCCAGGAGCCUGUCUUCAAAUAUCAUCUGUAACCCUCCUCUGUUUAAACAGAUAGAGGCCUUGCAACAAAGUCAGCAUUAAAAUCACUGUGUCAGU